UGCGACCCGGAUAGCGGAGGGCGCUUGGCAUGGGCGCGACUAGGGGUCAGUGUUUUGCGCGGCGGAGGGAGGCUGAGCUGUAGUGAGGCUGAAGCUCCCUGACAACCAUCGACGCUCUCCUUCUUUUCAACCUGCCUUCUCCUUGUUGCCGCACUGCUACUUACAGCACUCAGUCCUUAUCGACAACAUAUUGCUUCUUGCUAAGUGUGUUCCAGUAUACGGCGUCCUCAUUGUACUGUGGUUCCCUGCGGAGCUCUCUCGACCGAACCCGGCUGUGUUUACGACUCCCUAAAUCCCUACUACCUACCACCCAACGCACUUAAAAAGCCUCGAAGCGCACCAUACUUGAUAACUGGGACGGAGGAAAACAUAAUCUGGGGACAAUAUGCAGAUCCCGCAGAGUUAUGUCCAGAAAUGCAAAGUCGUUGCGCACAUAUUCCAGAUCCUGCUGAUCUUCAUUGCGGGAUGUAUCACCAUUUCCGUAUUGACUAAAGACGGGACGAAUGGCGGGGCUACAAACUGGUAUUUUGCACUGUGUUUUCUCACGAUUCCUGCACUGAUUUAUCUCGUCAUGGUGCCUAUGUGGUCAAGAGCAGAGAGGUUUGCGAAUGCAUAUGCGUUCGUUGCGGUAGAUGCGUUGUAUACCUUAUUCUGGUUCUCCGCCUUCAUCGCCAUCGCCCUCUACAACAGCAGAGGCAUCCGCCAGGGCGCCAAAGACAAAAAGCUCGACCAGAACGAUGGAAACUGCUCCACCUUUGCCUACGGCAACGAGGCCAAAUGCAAGUUAAGCCGAGCAACAUUCGGCUUCGGGGUCGUGAUAUGGCUCCUCUUCGUCAUCACAACCUCCAUAUCCGCCUACUACGUCAUUAAAUUCCGCAAAGACGGCGUCAUGCCCUACGCCUCCUCCAAGCCCUCCCCGCGCGACAUGGGCGGCGACUCCUCCCUCGAGCACGGCGUCAAGGACAACACCUGGAGCGCCGACACCCACGAGCUCAACGAUUCCGACGAUGAGACGCGGACGGAGCGCGGCGGAAACCAGGAAGAGGAUGAAUACGCGCUGUUGCACAGCACGGAUACAGACGAAGGGAGACACCCCGGCCGGCCGCUCAGCUGGGGCGAGAAUCUGCAUGAUCCUGUGCCCGAGUACCGCUAUGAUCAUGAUGAGCAUGCGAGUGCGCUGAGUCCGGGGGGGUAUGAGGAAUACAGGAGACCGGCACCGGCGGCGCCGGGGUAUAGUUUCAGUGGGGGGGAUAGGUAGGGGGAGUACCCCAGGUUUGGGCCCCUUGAGGGGAUGAGGGUGUUAGGUGGGUGUAUAUUAGAGGGAAAUAAGAUGGUUCAGAUGGGGUGUAGAUACAGGAGUUUUGGGUUUGAGCUGCGCUUCAGCGAUUUGCGAUUCAUGUUGGCUUGCGAGUGGGCAUUUGAGAGAGCAUGUGGAGGCGUAGAAAAGAUGUGGGGUGAUUUGGGCUGUGUCAUUGCUGCUGAAUAUAUCCAAGCAUUGCGUCUUAUUACCUAUUCUAUGGUUUCGUUAUUG